GUUUGGUCCAGCUUACCCUUAUCUCAAAGGAGCUCCCUCAUCGACUUCCAUGGCGAGUCUCCGUAGCAUACUCAAUCCCGACGAUUCAAGGCAGGCGUCGUCAAGACUUCACAUACACGACGAGGCUCACUCGCCGUCCGCCCUGGAGCUCCCGUCCUCGCCUGCCUCGGUCGCCAGUGCCCAUACAGUCGACGCUCUAGGCGAUGUUGGAGACGUGGAUCAGCUAGAUCCUGAACCUGAGAUGCCGCCAUGGCAAUACCAAGACCACGAGCCGCACCCCAAUUGCCCCGACACUCUCGAUUGUUUGCCUGAUACAGAUGGACGCCCACAGCAUACCCUCCCCGUCAUCCUGCGCUGUGCCAUUUUGGGCAGCCCGCGCCAGCGUCUCACCAUAAGAGAAAUCUAUGCCGCGAUGGAGGGCAAGUACGCCUAUUAUAAAACAGCGGGUCCGACGUGGAAACAAUCCGUUCGACAUCAUCUAUCGUUGAACCGUCUAUUUGAACGCCAACCCCGCCCCGUCACUGACCCUGGUUUCGGGUCAUAUUGGACCGUAAAUCUUUUGGCUCCGCCGGGUACAAAGCGACCGCGAAAGCGGGGUAGGCCCAACAAGGACAAAGAAGCAGAGAAUCAGGCCAAGAAGAGAGGAAGGCCGCGUAAAGAUGGUCCGUAUUCCGAAUCCACUCACGCGGACCGAUCUAUGCAUGACGAUGAUGAUUAUGAAGAGGACGGUCAGGUUUCGGACGAAGAUGACUUCGAAAGCGAUGAUGAUGUUAUGCAUUCAUACGAGCGACGACCAUCUCUCGCCAGCUCGACGCAUUAUCCGCUACCCUCUACCUCCUUGUCUCGAAAUCCAUUCCCUGAACAAAACGACGAGGCUAAAAACAUCAUCGAGCGUCUGCAAAUCGAGGUCGCUGGGCUUAGACGCCAGUCAGCAGAGGCCGUGUCGCUGUCCAUAAGGCUCACUGACCAGCUGGCUCAAGCGCAGGCGGAGGCGUCCCGGUCCAAGUCAGCUUUGCGCACUGUGGAGGCCUUACUAGAAGAAGAGUCAAGGAAGAGAAGGGAAGCGGAGAGGGAUGCUGACGAGGAGGCAGAAUUACGGCGUCAAGCAGAGGCGCAACUGGACUCACUUCGCAUGCGUUGGUCGAGUACAUCACGGCCUUCGUAACGGUGAAGACGGAGCAGUCGGCAAGAAGCAUCAUUCAAUUAAUUUUAUCAAUAUAGGUUUUCAGCUUAUUUCCGAGUCCAGUGGACCUUAUGGCCUUUUCCCUUUCUACAGGUGCCACACGAGUAGCGUUUUGUAUUUUUUACCCCAGUCCCGCAAUGUUCGGUCAAUGUCGGUCAAUACACGUACGACGCAGACAUCCACUCAAGUGCCUUGAUCACAUAUCAUUUUUGGUGAGUCAAGAAACGGGCAGCGGCUCUUAGGCAUGGAAGGAAUCCCACGAGAGAAAUUCCGAUAAGGUCAAUGGCUAUAUCUGUAGAUCACCACCUUUCUCUAUUUGAUAUAAAUGACUAGUAAGGUGUGCUACCAGUGAUGUAUAUGGUAUUUGGGGUGGAACAAAGAAAUGAUGGUCCAGCCCUACGGUAUCCCGACAUGCCAACAGUGGGUGCUGUGAACGAAACAAUGAUACAUUCUGACUGUG